GAUUCCCUUGGUGUUUCAGGCCCGGCAGUUGUCCCUCACCAGUACUAUGGAGUUACACCCUGGGGAGUUUAUCCUGCCAGUCUCUUCCAGCAGCAAGCUGCUGCCGCUGCCGCCGCAACUAAUUCUGCAAAUCAGCAGACAACUCAGCAAACCCAGCAGGGCCAGCAGCAGGUUCUCCGUGGAGGAGCCAGUCAGCGUCCUUUGACCCCAAAUCAGAACCAGCAGGGACAGCAGACCGAUCCACUGGUGGCUGCUGCAGCCGUCAAUUCUGCCCUUGCCUUUGGCCAAGGGCUGGCAGCGGGGAUGCCAGGUUACCCAGUGCUGGCUCCUGCUGCUUACUACGACCAAACAGGUGCUCUUGUGGUGAAUGCAGGGGCCAGGAAUGGCCUGGGGGCCCCUGUCCGCCUGGUAGCCCCCGCUCCAGUCAUCAUCAGCUCCUCCGCGGCUCAAGCAGCGGUUGCAGCGGCUGCAGCUUCAGCCAACGGUGCAGCGGGUGGCCUGGCAGGAACGACAAACGGACCAUUUCGCCCUCUAGGAACUCAACAACCCCAACCCCAGCCCCAGCAGCAGCCCACCAACAACCUGGCAUCCAGCUCGUUUUACGGCAACAACUCUCUCAGCAGCAAUUCCCAGAGCAGCUCCCUCUUUUCUCAGGGCUCUGCCCAGCCUGCCAACACUUCCCUGGGAUUUGGAAGCAGCAGCUCUCUCGGUGCUACGCUGGGGUCUGCACUGGGAGGAUUUGGGACAGCAG